AUAAAAGAACCGUCAAAAUCGCCUCUUAUAUCUUCCUCGUUUGGUUCACCAAAUGUAAACAUUAAAUAUAAUAGUAUAUGAAAAACACUAAUUAUUAUCGUAGAGUUCGAAACGCCGGGUGGAUUCUAUACUUAUAGUCUUAAACCAUUCUAGUGCAAUCAGAAACAACCAAUUUUAGUGAUAGUAAUUUCUCCAUGGUCCAGAAAACUGUUUUGAAGGUUGAUAUUGAUUGUCUCAAAUGCAAAAAGAAGCUAAUCAAAACUGUCUCUUCUCUUCAAGGGAUUGAUAAAAUUGAAGCUGAUGAAGGGAAGGGAACAUUAACUGUAACAGGAAAUGCAGACCCAUAUGAAAUAAUAGUUCGAAUAAGGAAAGCGGUGAAACAUGCCGAAGUUGUAAGUAUUGGGCCUCCCCCCGGCCCAGCGCCUCCAAAACAGGAUGCUCCAAAGAAGCCCGUAGAAAAUAAAAAAUCCGAAGAAAAUAAAAAGCCCGACCCAGUGACUUUGGAUCAAAUAUCUUAUGUGCCACAUAUGCAGAUGCCCCAUUACUACCCACAAUACCAGGCCCAGCCAGUUGCUGUGGUGCACAUGUCCAGGUGGGAUGAGCCCAACACAUCUUGCACUAUAUUGUGACGUUUUAGGUGACACUUAUUUAUUCUACUCAGGAAUUCUAUUGUUAUUUGUUGGAUGGACAUUUUAUUAAAGUAGAAUGAGAGAAUUUUGGUUUUGCUUUA